AUGUGGCCUCCUCAGCCGGGGGGGGUGGAGGGUGUGGUGGGGGGUUCAGUCUGUGGAGAACAGGUCCCCGGCCGACGGGAGCGGGGCCAGCCCCCCCGUGACGUUGGGCAGCAGAGAAAGGUCCGGAAGGCUCUUGAGUUCCUUACGGACCUGCGUCACCCGGGCCAGCUUCUGCUUGUACUCCUGAGGAACACACAGACCCCCCGCCCUGAUGUUCAGCAGCGCAUUGACGAGCAGAAGGCCCUGAUGAGGGAGGUGCUAGAGGACGCCCGAUUGGUGGCUUUGCAGCGGGAGGGCGGGGCCAUGCUGGCCAGGCUGCGGAAGGAGGAGUUCCGCUUUUCCCACUCGGAAGAUUACCCGGACUCCAUGGCUCUGGCGGGUGGCCUGUAUGAUCAGGUGGAGGAGCAGGUGCACACGCUGGUGAUGAAGUCCAACCAGUCCCUGCAGCACCUGGAGGUCCUGCUCACUCUGCGGGAGCUGGAGGGACGCUUCACACAGAUCAGGGAGUGGUUCAAUGCCGAAGGGGAGAGACGGUUGCUGGAGGCGGGGUCUGUGGAGGAUUCGCUGGAGAGAGUUGAGCGGACUCUGGAAAGCUUCAACAGCUUCCUGACCGAGGCCAAUGAGCGGAAGCAGCAGGCCCUGGCCCUGGUGCGGGAGGUAGAGCAGGCCCAAGGCUCGUCCUAUCCCGAGGCCCAGCUGUUCCGCACCAUGGUGCUCAGCUUCCUGUCCCAUCUGGCCCACUUCCUGUCCCAAGCUGAGGUCUGCCGCCAAGAGCUGGAAACCAUGGUGACGCUGUGCCGCUUCUGUGAAGGGGCCACUGAGCUGGCCGCAGACUGCAGACGAUACCUGGAGCAGUCGCAGCCGGGGUCAGAGGUUCGGGACACACUGCAGGGGUACCGGGAGCGGCUGGGCCAGUUUUCGGCAGAGCGGUUCCAGGAGGCCAAGGUGCGGGCGUGCGGACUGCAGGGGUCCCGGGGCACGAGGGUGUGGAACGUGGCCUGGCUCAGACGGCAGGAGGCCUGGCAGCUGCUGGAGGACAGGCUGGGUGAGCCGGGCCCGGCCCAGGGGCCCCAACCUCAACCCAUCCCCCUGGAGCCCCCUGCAGGGGCGACCCCCCCAUGGCCGUGUGGGCCCGGGGGCUUCGGGGGGGUCCCGGGGGAGGCUCCGGCCCAGGACAGAGAUUACGGCACGGUCGCGUGCUGCAGCAUCAACCUUCAGCCCAACGGCAGGAACAGCGAGGCGGAGGAGGGGACGGAAGCUUCUGGAAACGGCCACCGGAGCCUCGGGGAAGAAGAAGAAGAAAGGAGGUCUGCGGGGGGGCUGGAGGACAUGACCACCCCAGAGCCAGGUGGACAGGCGGACCUCAAGCAGAACCAGAGGUUCCCAUGUCAACAGCCUCACAGCAGGUCCCGGAGCGAGGGUUCGAGCGUGGUCUCUGUGCGAUCGGAGCCCCCGGCCCCACCCUCCGCUCAGCGCUUCCAGAUCUCCCGCCACGGCAGCUUCUGUUCCGACGACCUGGGCUGCGUCGUCCCCGGCGAUGACCCUGAGGGGGCGGGGCCCCGUGUCCAGGGGUGCCCUGCGACAGCGUCCCUGGUUGCAGAGGAAGAGGGGGGCGGUAACAAUCCGAAGCUGCAGCGGAUCAUGGCGGAGCUGCUGGGGACAGAGAGGGAGUACGUGCGCUCCCUGGGCUACGUCAUGGCACACUACCACCCCCUGCUGGAGCAGCCUGACGUGCCCCAGGCCCUGCGCGGCCAGCGGGGCCGCAUCUUCGGCAACCUGGAGCAGCUCUAUGACUUCCACCGCCUCGCCUUCCUGCGCGAGCUGGAGGCCUGCCAGGCUACGCCCCUCAGGGUGGGCCGCUGCUUCCUCACACACAAAGAAAGCUUCAACCUGUACGCCCUCUACAGCAAGAACAAGCCCCAGUCCGACUCCCUCCUGCUUCACCAUGGCAAUGACUUCUUUAAGCAGAAGCAGCAGGCGCUGGCGGACAGGAUGGACCUGUGGUCGUACCUGCUGAAGCCGGUGCAGCGCAUCAGUAAGUACAGCCUGCUGCUGCAGGACCUGCUGCGCCAGUGCAGCGGCAUCCAGAGGGGGCGCCAGAAAGCCGAGCUCCAGGCCGCCCUGCAGGCCGUGACCUUCCAGCUUCGCCACGGCAACGACCUGCUCACCAUGGACGACAUCCGCAGCUGCGACGUGAACCUGAAAGAACAGGGCCAGCUGAUUCGCCAGGACGAGUUCAUGGUUUCCUUUCGCAAGAAGAAGUGCUUUCGCCACGUCUUCCUCUUCCAGGACCUCAUCCUCUUCAGCAAGACCAAGAAGACCGAAGUGGGGAACGAUGUUUACAUCUACAAGCAGUCGUUCAAGACGUCUGACGUGGGGAUGACGCACAGCUCCGGAGACAGUGGGCGGAGCUUUGAGAUCUGGUUCCGCCGCAGGAAGUCCCAGGACACCUACAUCCUGCAGGCGGAGCGGACCGAGGUGAAGGACGCCUGGACCCGGGAUCUGGAGAGCAUCCUCUGGGACCAGGCAGUGCGCAGCAGAGACAUCCGCAGGCAGGAGAGGGUGUUCAUGGGAUUGGGCAGCAGACCCUUCAUGGACAUCCAGCCCAGUGAGGCAGCGAUCUGCGACAGGGCCGUCUCCUGUGCCCUGACUGGGAGAGAAUGCAAGGCACCGGUGUCCUCUGAUGUCAUCGCCCCACCAGUAGGUCACGCCAUACCUCGGCCAGACUCCAUUGGCUCAGGCAGCAGCUCGUCAACGUCCGGCAGCCAAUCAUCUUCCUCCUCAGGACGGGGGUCCCUCUCACCCAUAGGCUUCCUCUGCAGCCAGCCCCCAGGGGGAGGUGGGGCCUCCUCGGGGUCACCCGAGGAGGACCACCUGGACCGGGACAGCGAGAAAAACCACCAUCUCUUGGACGGCUCGGCGUCUUCUGGGGAGAGUGUCAGCGGAUUCAGCGGCUCCUACCGUAGCUGCCUGUCUGUGAUUGGCGGAGACGCAGAUGACACCUCCUCCAUCACUUCUACCCUGCGGCCCAAGACUGGACACGCCCACCAGGCCCCGUCCCCUGGCCCCGCACCCAAACUGCAAACCCACAGCGCCCCCCAGAGCCCAGGAGAGGUGCAAGCCGCGCCCACCAGUGGGACAUCCACAGAGGUCUAACCUGCUGCUCAAACGGUCUCUGUGGGAAGAACAGUUGCACUCAGUUCUUACCCAUUGGACCUGGACCAAGCUCCAGUAAAAGGAACCAAUCCCAACACAUCCCUGCCACCCCAGCAAAGUACACCUCUACUGCAAAAAAGGGAAUAUUUAAUUCAUCAAU